AUGAUGAUGACUAUGGAUCAAUCAUCUGGUUUUGGUAAUCCCUUAACAGAUUAUACUAAUCAAACAAAUUCAUUAAUUCAUCCUGAUGUUGACUGGAGUGUAUUUGAAAAUGCUGAUCGAUAUUUAUUACGUGAUGAUAGUGCAUGGAUAACACGUUUAAGUAAAGAUUUUUGGUGGAAUCUCGAACGUAUUUCUGAAAUGGUAACAAAACCAAUUAAUCUUGUUGAACAAAUAAAUUCAACAAAAAUCCAUCCUCAACAAGUUUCAUCAUCUAUACAAUCAAAUGGAACUUCCGCACGUAAAAUUAUUGGUCAACGUUCAACAAUAACUCGACCAAAUCCAAAUAACAUUCCAGACAAAGCAAAUUUUUCAUCAAUAUAUGAUCAAGAUAUUGAAUAUAACCCAUUUCAAUCGAAAAUAUCAUUUGAUAAUAAUAUAUGGACAAAUUAUUCACAACAAGCAAUCCCAUGGCAAUAG